CUGAAGCAUAAAGGAGCAAAGUCAAUGACCGCACGCAAAGAAGCACUUUGAGAUUUGUCAACCAGAUCACCAAAUCAACACUUUUGCGCCUUGCUUGCGUGCGAGGCGAUGGCCGAGAGCGCCGCCGCGGCCGGGCAAUCAUCCUCGGUGAGGAAGUCUGGGGUGCCGGUGUUCGUGAUGAUGCCGCUGGACACGGUGAAGACGUGCUGCGGGAGCGGUCUGAACCACCGGAGGACCAUGGCGCGGGAUCUGGCGGCUCUCAAGAGCUCGGGCGUGGAGGGAGUCAUGGUGGACGUGUGGUGGGGCGUCGUGGAGGGCGAGGAGUCGGGGCUGUACAAUUUCGAAGGGUACAUGAAGCUCGUCGAGAUGGCGCGCGAUGCCAAGCUCAAGGUGCAGGCCGUCAUGUCCUUCCACCAGUGCGGCGGCAACGUCGGUGACACCGUCAACAUCCCGCUGCCGCGGUGGGUGGUGGAGGAGAUGGACAAAGACCAGGACCUCGCCUACACUGACCAAUGCGGACGCCGCAGCUACGAGUACGUGUCGCUCGGCUGCGACGACGUGCCCGUCCUCGACGGACGCACGCCCAUCCGGUGCUACACCGACUUCAUGCGCGCCUUCCGCGACCACUUGGCCGGCUUCCUCGGGGACACCAUCGUCGAAGUCCAAGUCGGCAUGGGCCCGGCGGGCGAGCUACGGUACCCGUCGUACCCGGAGAGCGAGGGGACCUGGAAAUUCCCCGGCAUCGGCGCCUUCCAGUGCUACGACAAGUAUUUGCUGAACAGCCUGAGGAUGGCAGCGGUGGCGGCGGGAAAUCCGGACUGGGGCCUGGGUGGGCCGACGGACGCCGGCGGCUACAACAGCCGGCCGGACGACACGGACUUCUUCCGGCAGGACGGUGGCGGCUGGGAUUCCGAGUACGGCCAGUUCUUCAUGUCGUGGUACUCGCGGAUGCUCAUCGAGCACGGCGACCGCGUUCUGUCCGGCGCGGCGUCCGUGUUCGGCCACGAGCCCGGGGUCCGUCUGUCGGUCAAGGUCGCCGGCAUCCACUGGCACCACGGCACGGAGUCGCACGCGCCCGAGCUCACGGCCGGGUACUACAACACGCGGCGCCGCGACGGGUACCUCCCGAUCGCGAGCAUGCUGGGCCGCCACGGCGCCGUGCUCAACUUCACCUGCGUGGAGAUGCGCGACGAGGAGCAGCCACGGGACGCGCGGUGCAUGCCCGAGGGCCUGGUGCGGCGUGUGGCCGCGGCCGCCCGCGGGGCCGGCGUCGGCCUGGCCGGUGAGAACGCGCUGCCCCGGUAUGACGAUGCGGCGUAUGACCAGGUGCUGGUCACGGCUCGGGAGGAGCGGAUGGUGGCGUUCACGUACCUCCGCAUGGGCUCCGACCUGUUCCAGCCCGACAACUGGCGCCGGUUCGCGGCGUUCGUGACGCGGAUGAGCGAAGCCGGCUAGUCCUCCUCGGCGCUGCCUUCCGGUAGGCUCACGCUCGGCGUCCACUGCGACGAUGUUGCACGUCUUUUUUUUUUAAAGUUCAAUUUAAACCUUGAUUUUGUAUUGAAUUAAAAUCUCGAUCAAUUACAUCAUAAACUAUGCAUUCGUGGUGUAAAUCAAACCUGACAUCGUGUCAAUAGCUCGGAUUCGUGUAAA